CGUUGGAGGGAUAAAUAAAAAGCGUUACAGGCACGUCUGAGUCAGAGCCUGAGAUAGUCCAAAAAAAUCCAUAUGCGAACGACGUCGUAAAAAUGGCUGGAGUAGCCGUCUCUCCCGCUUCUCUGCUCCUCGUGAUCGCUGAAAUCUCCGAGAUCACGGCGAGCGCGGGGGCACUGUUUAAGAAGGACUGCGCCGAUCUCGCGAGGAGAGUUUGUCUGUUGACGCAUUUGGUCGAGGAGAUUAGGGAUUCUCCGGCGGAGAAGAAGAAGAAGACGGAGACGGAGGAGGAGGAGGAAUGUGAUGGUUCGUCUUCUUUGGUUUCUAGUGAAUGUGAUUGGUGGUCUGAUCUUGUGGUGGGUCUUCAAGCCGCGAAGCGUCUUCUGAGUGCAGCCACUUGUUUCCAGGCUCGAGAAUCCUCUGAGGGUGCUGCGAAGAGAAUAUCAUUCCAGUUCCAAUGUGUUACAUGGAAGCUGGAGAAAGCAUUAGGAAACUUGCCCUAUGACCGUUAUGACAUCUCUGACGAAGUCCGUGAACAGGUGGAACUUGCAAGGUCGCAGUUGAGAAGAGCAAUGCAGAGAUACGGAUCUCUGAACUCGAAGAAGUUCUCAACUGCUCUAUCCGAGCCAAUGGAGAAAGAUGCAUCAAGCAAAGUCACUGAGAAGUUGGAGAGUAUUCCAGAAACAGUGAAUCACUCCAACACUACUUUAUCUGAUCAAAAGAAAUUAGGAUCACCGCGAAGGAAGAGCUCUUCACUUUCCUUGGCCUUCUUUUUAUCAAAAGACGCUGAUAACGAGAGGUUAGAGAAAGCAAUCACCAAGAGCAACGAUGACUCAAAGAAAUCAGACAACAAUCUCACAAUCCCUGAGGAUUUUCUUUGUCCAAUAUCUCUGGAGCUCAUGAAAGAUCCUGUCAUUGUCUCCACUGGACAGACAUACGAGAGGUCUUACAUACAAAGAUGGAUAGACUGUGGAAACCUAAGAUGUCCAAAGACUCAGCAGAAACUCGGAAACUUCACUCUUACUCCAAACUACGUUCUCAGAAGCCUCAUCUCUCACUGGUGCACUAAGCACAACAUUGAGCAGCCAGGUGGUUACAUUAAACAAUGUGACGGUGAUCUAAGUGGAGACAUGUCAGUGAUACGUGCAUUGGUUCGUAAGCUCUCGACAAGAUCACUAGAAGACCGAAGGACAGCUCUUUCAGAAAUCAGGUCUCUGUCAAAACGAAACACAGAGAACAGAAUCUUGAUUGCAGAAGCAGGAGCCAUCCCUGUUUUAGUCAAACUCUUGACAUCAGAAGACGUUGAAACGCAGGAGAAAGCAGUCACUUGCGUUCUUAACCUCUCGAUUUACGAAGGGAACAAAGAGCUGAUCAUGCUUGCAGGUGCAGUCACAUCUAUAGUUCAAGUCCUGAGAGCUGGAACUAACGAAGCUAAAGAAAACGCUGCAGCUACACUCUUUAGUCUUUCGUUACCUGAUGAGAACAAGAUCAUAAUAGGCGCUUCUGGUGCGAUACCUGCGUUAGUGAAUCUCCUUGAGAACGGUAGCGUGAGAGGGAAGAAAGACGCUGCAACUGCUCUGUUUAAUUUGUGUGUUUAUGAAGGGAACAAAGGAAGAGCGGUUAGAGCUGGUAUUGUAAACCCAUUGGUGAAAAUGCUGAGUGAUACUUCGAGUCACAGGAUGGUCACUGAAGCUUUGACCAUACUCUCGGUUCUAGCUGGUAACAAAGACGCUAAAACCGCGAUUUUGAAGGCGAACGCGAUACCAUCUUUGAUAGCGUUGUUACAGAAAGAUCUGCCUAGAAACAGAGAGAACGCAGCGGCGAUAUUGUUUGCUCUUUGCAAGAGAGAUACUGAGAAACUGAUAUUCAUUGGUAAACUUGGAGCUGUUGUUCCGUUGAUGGAACUUUCAAGAGAUGGUACAGAGAGAGCUAAGAGGAAAGCUAAUUCUUUGCUUGAGCAGCUCCGCAAAUCAUCUCAAAAACUAUGCUCAAAAUAGCUCUUUAACCAAAAAUUAAAAAAUAAAGAUUUGAAAAUUAACUUCAUUGUUAGUAUUUGAUUUAAUUUCGUUGGAUGUUUGUUUGAUAUUUUUAUGUUCUGUAAUGAUUGUUGAGCUUUGUUUGGAAGACUAAUUCCAGUUUGAGAAGGUUGGAAGUGUAAAGAGUUGCGAGAAUCGGAUCUCUUUUAUUCACCUUUUUCUAUUUAUUUAUUGAUUUUGUAAUAACAAAUAUUGUGUUAAUCAAAGCUUUUAU